CUAGCCUACGUCGCUGAUAUCACCAGGAGAACGCAGUGUCAUGGUCAGUCUAUUAUUCCCAUUCUACCAGCUAUAAUAACCUAAUGGAAAAGGUAGAGAGGUUACGAGGUCAUCUGAGAGUGAAAAUAUCUUCAGAAGAUUGUGUUUCCCAACUGAUGAGGACUGGCUGAGGAUGAUGAAGAUGACGCAGAUACAGGGGACACCCCAGCAGUGUCAAGGGCUGCAGGGACCUCUGUGAUUGUUGACCCUACCUCAUCCCUGAUCUCCCCAGCUCUGCAGUGGCUCACCAUGGCCACUCGGAGGACACCCUUGGUCCAAACCAGCUUGGUCAAAGACUUUAACCACUUCAUUACCUGCUACCUGUGCAGAGGUUACCUGAUCAAACCCACCACGGUCACUGAGUGCCUGCACACAUUUUGUAAGAGCUGCAUCAUCCAGCACUUUGAAGACAGUAAUGACUGUCCCAAAUGUGGCAUUCAAGUCCACGAAACGAACCCUCUAGAGAUGCUAAGGUUGGACAAUACUCUUGAGGAAAUCAUUUUCAAGCUUGUGCCUGGAUUACGAGAAAAAGAGGGACAGCAGGAGAUUGAUUUCUGGAGGAAGAAUAAGUCAAAAGAAAUUUCACAAGGAGACGGCCUUGUGUCUAAGAAGCUUGGGCUCAGUGAUGAGGAUGGGGAUGAAGAUGACCAGGAUUACCACAGGAGCGACCCCCAGAUAGCCAUCUGCCUCGACUGUCUCCACAACAAUGGCUAUGCUGCAGACAACACAGUGAAGUGUUUAAUGAAGAAGUUCAUUCAUUGCUCUAGUCGAGUCACGGUGGGAACCAUCAAGAAGUUUCUCAGUCUAAAGUUAAAGCUUUCUAGCUCUUGUGAGCUGGAUGUGCUGUGUAAUGGGGAGAUCAUGGGGAAGGACCACACUCUGGAGUUCAUCUACAUGACCCGCUGGAGGCUGCACAGUGACAACAGAUAUCCCAUGGUCCUGGAGUACAGGCCAAGAAUAGACUUUGGCUGAACGAAGCCCUGGAAGCCUUCAUAGACAAACAAAGCAAUGACUGGAUGCACAUGCAGCCAAGGCCAGGAACUCUGUCCUUCCAAACCUUUCUGAACUUCUCUACAUUUGACCAUUUAUUUUUUCUUUCUCCUUCUGUUUCAUUUAGUUGCGACUUUUGUUGCUGAACAUUCUGUGUCCUUCGUUGCUGAACAUUCUGUGUCCUUCGUUGCUGAACAUUCUGUGUCCUUCGUUGUUGAACAUUCUGUGUCCUUCGUUGUUGAACAUUCUGUGUCCUUCGUUGUUGAACAUUCUGUGUCCUUCGUUGUUGAACAUUGUAGUGUCCUUCGUUGUUGAACAUUGUAGUGUCCUUCGUUGUUGAACAUUGUAGUGUCCUUCGUUGUUGAACAUUGUAGUGUCCUUCGUUGUUGAACAUUGUAGUGUCCUUCGUUGUUGAACAUUCUGUGUCCUUCGUUGUUGAACAUUCUGUGUCCUUCGUUGUUGAACAUUCUGUGUCCUUCGUUGUUGAACAUUCUGUGUCCUUCGUUGUUGAACAUUGUAGUGUCCUUCGUUGUUGAACAUUGUAGUGUCCUUCGUUGUUGAACAUUGUAGUGUCCUUCGUUGUUGAACAUUGUAGUGUCCUUCGUUGUUGAACAUUCUGUGUCCUUCGUUGUUGAACAUUCUGUGUCCUUCGGUGUUGAACAUUCUGUGUCCUUCGGUGUUGGAACAUUCUGUGUCCUUCGAUGUUGGAACAUUCUGUGUCCUUCGGUGUUGGAACAUUCUGUGUCCUUCGGUGUUGGAACAUUCUGUGUCCUUCGGUGUUGGAACAUUCUGUGUCCUUCGGUGUUGGAACAUUCUGUGUCCUUCGGUGUUGGAACAUUCUGUGUCCUUCGGUGUUGGAACAUUCUGUGUCCUUCGGUGUUGGAACAUUCUGUGUCCUUCGGUGUUGGAACAUUCUGUGUCCUUCGGUGUUGGAACAUUCUGUGUCCUUCGGUGUUGGAACAUUCUGUGUCCUUCGGUGUUGGAACAUUCUGUGUUCUUCGGUGUUGGAACAUUCUGUGUCCUUCGUUGUUGAACAUUCUGUGCUUGUGGCCAAAGUGAAUCUUCAAGACAAGUAACUAAAGACAAGCGUAGCUGAAACAUAGGUGUAUGAAUAUAUCAAGUUGUAUUUACUCCAACUCCAAGGGCUUCCACCCAAUGCCUGACUAAAACAUGUUUUAUGUCUUUUAUAAAUGCACAUAACAUAUCCACAGAUUUGCCCACCAUCAAUCAAUUAGGGAAAUUUGCAUGUGACAGGGCACCUUUAAUAAUGUUGUCAACAAGUUUCAAAGAGUCUAAACCGAAGCCCAUUCGUCUUCAUUCUGUUCUAUGCUCAGUUAAUAACCAGUCUGACAAGCUGCUGAAAUCUACAAACGCUCUCUGGCAGAGGCUGGGCAACCUGCAGGAUGGGGAGAUAAACAUUAAGCCUCUCUCUCUCUUUCUCUGUCACACACACUCAACCCAUACUGCGGUGUGAUUACCCUGGCUCCUGCCAAUCUCAGACUUGUGCUAAUAGCUUUUUUGGCACCGUUCUGAGUGAGGAGGUAUUACAUUUUAGUUUUUCAGAUUGAUCAUAGUAUUUUUAGACUAGAGAUUUAUUAUCUUACAUGUUUUUAAAGGGAAACUAAUGGUGUGUACAUUUCAUAUUGUUACUAGACCUUUGAGAUAUAAAUGUGUUUUAUGAAAUAGAUGACAUUACAACAUGAGAGUAAGAUAUAUGUAUUAUGGAUCUUGGAUAUCUUUGAUCACAAAACAGCUUUUUGCACUGUAAGAGCUGGUUGGCCGUAAAGCCUAUUCUAUUAGCGUUGAGGUGUACUGAAGCGGUCUCUUUCAGAGUAAUUCAGUAUAGAGAGUAUACGGUGUCUGCUUCCUUACCUAGUCAUCUCAUGUUUAGCCUUUAAAUCUAUGUUGAUAUGAUUUAUAUGUGAAGAACAUUGAGGUGAAGACAAGCUGUCCUUCUGCUGAAAAAUAGGAUGCAUUUUGGAAACAUGUACAUGUUCUUAUGGUUAAAGUUUUAUGCUGCUUAGAAUAUAUUUUUUAAAUGUACUGCCUGUGAAUCAUUCUUGAGAGAGAGCUGUGAAGAAAAAUUGUUUAUAU